AUGGCAAAGAUUGAUGUGCAUCAUCAUUUCUAUCCCAAACCUUUGCGCGAAGCUAUUGAGCGAGCGGGGGGCGAUCCAUCCGGGUGGCACAUCCCGGCAUGGAAUCUGGAUCUUGACCAGGAGAUUAUACGCCUUCUCGACGUGAAAACCACGAUUCUUUCCGUAACCGCCCCGGGGCCCUGCAUCGAGAAAGACCCAGGGAAAGCGGCGGCGUUGGCUCGCAGCUGUAACGAACACGCCGCUGCGAUCAGGGACGCUCGACCCUUCCAGUACGGCUUCUUUGCCUCAGUCCCUUCUCUGUUCGAUACCGAGGCCGUGCUGGCGGAGAUCGAGUAUGCAUUCACCAAUCUCCGUGCGGACGGGAUCACACUCUACACCCGCUAUGGGGACGGGCAUUCCUACUUGGGGGAUGAGCGAUUCGGUCCAAUUUGGGCUGAGCUGAGCCGACGCGGCGCCGUCGUCUUCAUUCACCCCACUCAUGCAGUCGAUACACGGUUGAUCAACCAAUGGAUGCCACAGCCCAUGUUCGACUAUCCGCAUGAAACAGGACGAACGGCAAUGGAUCUACUCACUAGCGGUAUCAUCCGGGACUAUCCUGGGUGCAAGAUCAUCCUUUCCCAUGCGGGUGGCACUCUGCCGUAUCUGAUUCAUCGCGCAGCCACAAUGCUGCCAUUCAUGCCUCGUAAUCUGGGCAUGUCGACAGAGGAGCUUGUGGAAGCAGCGCGUACUUUCUACUUUGAUACUGCCAUUUCCGCCAAUCCGGUCACUUUGAAAGCACUCUUUGAAUUUGCGAAGCCGGGGCAUGUGCUUUUUGGGAGUGACUUCCCCAAUGCGCCACAGGGUGCGAUCACGCAAUUUACAAAGUUUCUGGAGAGGUAUGAAAUACCUGACCAGACUAAACGGCAGGUGGAAAGCGAGGCUGCAUUAGAACUGCUUCCUCGACUUCAGGCUCAGCUCACUCGAACCCGGCUCUGA